AUGUAUAUCAAAAACUUGGCCCUUCUGGGCGCACUUGCGGCCUACGCAACUUCGAGCCCUGUAGUCGAGCCAACUCGCUCUGCCGAUCCUCGCUCUGUCUAUCCCUCUCCCUCUUCCUCCGGUCCUGUGCGUCAUCCCGCUCCCGUCCCUUCGGAUCAAGUCAAGAACCUGAAGGCCACCAUCAGGCCGGAUGACAAGAAGUCGGGGUGCAUCGUUGACUUCGACAUGCCCGCCAUCGACUGUCACGGCACGAGUGGCUACCUGCUCGCAUUCGGCGAUUCUAGCCCCAACCCUCCGAAGCCCGAUGUCUGCUGGGUGGAUUACGACCCGAGUCUCCCCCGGAGUAUCGCGGCAUCUGGGAAGCUGCUCUUCACAAACAAGGCGGGCGAAGCUGUCCUGUUCCAUUUCAAGAAUGAGAACACCACCGACUAUGCUAUCUAUGACAAGGGAGUCGAGGGAACUCCGUCGCUCGAUUUGGGGGAUUGGGAUAACUAA